AUGACAACAGAGGGCGAGGGAUCAGCGAUCCUUGAGCUGGUCCAUGAACUUGCUUCUAGUCGCUUGGACUGCAUUCCAGUUCAAAAGAGAAACAAUCUGAUAAAGGAUGCGGCUUCCAGCUUGGCGGAAUCGGAGAGCGAUCGAGAAGCGUUUUCCAAAUCAGGAUGCAUUGGGUGCUCCACCAAAAAUGGCUACAUCAGAAUAGCACAACUGUAUCAAGUUUCGAUAGCAAAUGAGUCUCAAAACGAUAUUCGGAUACGUUUGUGCAAGAAUUUGUGUGAAUUGCUAAAGAACGCGAGCGAUCCCGCUCUGUUGGAGGACGUGAAAUCAAAGCUUCCUCUUGAGGAACUGUCGGGUAUCUUUUCUGAGAUUGCAAAGGAGAAUGCCAUUCCAGCUGUGGCAUUCACCACACCAACUUGGGAUACUUUCAUUAGUUCUUCCAUGAGUGAUCCGGUGGCUACUUCCCCAGAUAUGGCACUUUGCCGCUCUGCACUCAAGACCAUGGAUGCUGAAGCCUGGGAAAAAACGGUUGCCCCUGCGUUGCUUUUGAAGAUCAAGGCAAAGCCAGAGACGGUGCUUGAUUUGGCGCAAGGUUUGUUUGAAAAUGUCAGCUCUGAUGUUUUGACACAAUCGUCAAUUAUAGUAAAGGAAGGUGUUUCAACCUUAGUAAAGUAUGUCAGGAGUCCAAAAGAGAUUGUCCGCUACCCAGUGGCCAAAAUUCUGAAGCGCCUUGCCAUUGCUGCUGUCGAGGCGAAUAGUGGGUCACACGCCAAUGCAUUGCUGGCAGAUGUCUCCAAAUCUGUUGCGGAUCCCCAAACUUUGACCCAAGCUUACCAACGUCAAACGGCUUACGAAAUACUCAAGGAAGCUGGUGCAAUUAUUGGAUCGCGGAAAAUCGCAGUAAAGUCUGAAAUGGCGUCAACAGUUAUGACGUCAAUCUGCGCUGCUUUGAAAAAAGAAGCCAAGUCUGCUGAUGAUAUUCGCACGGUUGGUGUCGAAGCACUUUUGCAGUGGAUGGUGAUUGGAAAACGAAAUGGUGAACCCAAGGGCUACGAAGCUGCUCUUACAUUCAUCCGUACACCGGCUGUCUCGAAAGAAGCCGCUGAUGCUCCAAUCAUUUUAGGUGCAAUGGUAACUACUCUGGAUCAAGACAUUCUCGAAUCAAUAGUGGUUGAUCUGUUUAAUGAUGCCAACUUCGUAAAGGGACUAGAAAGCUUCAUCGAAGCUGCGAACAAGAAACAUGCGUCGGGAUCAUCAAUACCUCAAGUCGCUGGGCUACUUGCUAUUUACUUGAGCCUUGUCAAUGCCGUUGCUUCCAAUAGUCAGACUUUGGCUCCGGCGGUCGAGAAGGCUGUCGCUGCCGCUUCUUCUGUGGUCGAGAAGACUUCCUUUGUUUUUGGUGUCGCGACAACCAAUUCGAUUGCCGGAGAUGCAGUGGUUGGAUGCAUCGUCCCACGAAUAAUAACCCUCUAUUUGAAAUUCAGAUUCACAACGCAAGGGAAUGUUGGAAAGAUCAAGUCAAACUCGGGCUUUAUUAGCGCACUUGCAUGCUCUAUCCUCAAUCCAUCUACAGCGGGAGGUCAAAAUCCCACAACUUCCACAAUGUCCACGGUGGAGACAGUUUUGGGCUAUCAAUCCGUUUCUCAGUUCCUUGUGGAAGCUGUUUUCGUUGAGGCCAACAGAGUUUCGCUUCAGUCAAAAGAACUCAAGAGAUCCCUCUACUUGUUUAGACAAGCAAGUGAUAUGGAGAAGGACGACGCGGUAAAGGGAAAAUGCAGUAGCACUGGCAGCCUUCUUGGCAUGGAUGCGAAUGCCGUGCGCCACAUUGCUCGAUUGUUUGUCACCAAGACAUUGGAGCCGAAGCAACUCGCGAUGGCGAUGGUUUUGAUGCACACUGGCUCUUCAUUGCGUGUUGCUGGAAAGCAAAGGACUUGUUUGCUGAAACAUGUCACCAAUUUGCUGAAGGAUUUGCCGCAGGACUUUGCAACCAAAGACGACGCCUUUGCUGUUAUGGGUAGUCUCAUCUCCGAGCUAGCAUCACGAGUUAACUCGAAUGACGAAGACAUUAGUGAGGUGGUGCAAUCAGCUACCCGUAGCCUGAUAGUGUCAUUGGGUGCGAUUGCCAGCAACUAUUCGCACGGGGUUGAUGAUCCAGAAGACGAUGAAAUGAAACCCUAUGUUCUCGCAAGCAAGCUUUGCAUCAACGAAAUUGCACCUCGCUUGUCGAAAGAAGUAGAAAAGUUAGAGUCUGAGAUUGAAGCAUGGACCCCCAUGGACAUUAAACUGCACAAGUCUAAAGCGGGCACCCUCGUCGCAGAGAACGACGCACCCGCAACGGAAACGAAAAUAAAUAAGGGCCGAAUGACAGAGGAGGAGCAGUGGGAGAUGCAAAUGAAGAAAGAGAUGGAAGCAAAGAAAAACGUUGGCAAGGAUAGUGCGCCUACCUCUGCUGAGGACAAGAAAAAGAUCAAGGAACAAGAUGAAAGACGGAAGAGUAUUGCUGCAACCGUUGCAACCUUCAACAGAACCUUUGAUGCUAUCCAAUCUUUGCUUGUUUCAGAUAUUGAGAUCGGAAAUGCGUGCCUCCCACUUAUUUCGAAGCAUGUGCUGAAACUUGCAGUUUCCAAUUCUCCGGGAUCGACGAAUAUUUCCGAAAUUAAGGAGAAAUGUUUCGCAGCUUUGAUCGCUCUCGCUGGUUGUGUCUACGAGAUCCAGGAAGAGUUUGCCCCCAUGUUGGCGAUGGCACUUACAACAAGCUAUAGGCAGGUCUCAUCUCCUUCGAAGUCAAAGGAGAGUGCAAUGGCAAUAGCGCCUCUUCCAUCACCAUGCGAACCGGCUGCAGUCACUAUCUUCGAGAUGGAUGAAUUCCAAGAGGAACUAUCUGGAGCAUCAUUUGCCUUCCUGUUCCCAGUAGUGCAGGCAGCUCUGAUGGGUCCAAGAACUACUCCAGGUUGCGAAGGAGCCGUACGAGUGUUGGAAAGACACACUGUGUUGCUCACUGGAGAAUAUCAAGAUCCUCAUGUCUUGCCUCUCCGAGCCGACAUGGCUGCCAGCGUAUUGGAGUUGCUAAAACACGAUCGAUCGCAGGCAUUCGUUGAUCCAAGUCCAUCGGAUGUCCUUGUUGCCUGUUACCAAACCGGUGACGAAGAGAACGCUCCGAAACUAUCUGUAGGCGAACUUGGCGUACUACUAGAUGAAAGGGGAGCCUUGGGAAGCACAAACUGCCGAUUGGGCGCUAUGGUUGCACUUGGUUCAAUCGCUACCAAUCAACUAAGUGUUGUCAAAGCCAAUCCACUAGUAGAGAGCAGAAUAUGGUUGAACUGCUUCGAUGAAAACGAUUCGGUGAAGACCGAAGCUCGAAAGACAUGGAGUAUUCUGAAAGGUUCAGGAACAGAUGAACUUUCACCACCUUCCGCGAUGUACUCGAUUCCGCUGCUUCCUUUGCUCAACAGUGAGAACAAGUCUAUUGCAAAGGCAGCUGCUGCAGCAUUCGCCGCCGGCAUGUCAGCACACCCUGGGUCUGUUGAGAAGAACUUGGAAAAGUUGUUUGCAACGUACAUUGAUUCAUGUCCGCGUCUUGGUAGUGAUUCGACGGAUGCACCGGAGACUAAGAAAGUUGCAGCACCGGCCCCAGCUAAGAAGAAAGCCAUGGGCGUGCCUGCUUCAUUGAAGAAGAAGACUGUGAAGAAGUCAGCACUCCAAGUUGCUUCAAUUGGGCAACCUAAGCGCAAAAAGAAGACGGCAACUCAGUCUGCUCUACUGAAACCAAAAGCAGAGAGAACGUUAGAUCAGGCAACUCUGGUCAACCAAUUCAAGACAGGUCCAGUUGAGGUUCCAGCGGAAAAAGAUUCGCCAGAAAAAGUUGCUGCAAGACUCGGCGUUCUCAGUGCUCUGGCAUCUUUGCCAACCGCAAAUGUCACAAUAGAAAUUGGAACACUAUCGUUCUUGACUAGUUUCUUGAUGGCGUUUGGCAUUGCUGAUGGGGACGAGGAGGUGAAAGGUAUUUCUCGGAACUCACUUCGUGAUGUCAUUGCGACAUUUGGUGCCUCAGAUGAAGCAAUUGCGUUUCUAUUGCCAAGUUUGGAUGAGAUUUUGAAAACAGGAAAUGCUAACACUACAUCUCUUGAUAAACUACCUCUGGACCGACUACCGAGUGGCGGACCCGCAUCAGAUCGUAGAAAAGAGGGAGCUGUUGUUGCUCUUGGGUCUGUUGCAAUCCACAUGAAGGGACCGGACAAUGCAAGCAAGAUCGACGCGACGAUCGAUAUGCUUCUACAAUCCUUGAAAACACCCAACGAAGGAGUACAGACCAGUGUCGCUGAUGCUUUGACAAAGCUGAUGAAGAAGGGCAAUACGCAAAGCAGGGUUGAAACCAUAUUGGACGACUUGGUCAAGGAUUGUUUGGAAGGUGAUAGUUCCGAUACUCGCAGAGGAGCAGCGUAUGGAAUCGCUGCUGCAGUUAAGGGAAGCGGAAUUGCAUCUCUCAAGAAAUACAAUAUUGUUUCACGGCUUGAAGAAGCCUGUUCAUCUGGAAGCGCAACAAACAAAGAGGGUUCUCUCUUUGCAAUCGAGAAGCUUUGCACUCGUCUGGGACUGUUGUUUGAGCCCUAUGUGAUUGUUCUUUUGCCUUCUCUUUUGAAGUCAUUCAGUGACAACAGUGAUUUUGUACGAAAAGCUGCUUCGCAUACAGUUGGCACAAUCAUGAGCAAGUUAUCUGCUCACGGAGUGAAGCUUGUAAUGCCUGCUGUCCUCACCGCAUUUAAUGACAGUGCUUGGAGGACGAAGCAGGCAUCAAUCCACAUGCUUGGAUCCAUGUGUCACUUGGCACCCAAACAACUCGCUUCUGCUCUACCAAACGUUGUGCCCAGGUUGAUCGAGGCUUUCGCUGAUACUCAUCCAAAGGUUAAGGGUUCUGCGGAGGAGGCACUCGAUGAAAUCAGCACAGUUAUUCGAAAUCCUGAGAUCUCAUCCAUUAGCAGCAUACUGCUGAAGGCUCUUACUGACCCUUCAGAUGGUACAUUGAGCGCUCUCGAGGCAUUGAUUGAGACCGAAUUCCUUCAUGCCAUUGAUGCACCAAGUCUUGCAUUGAUUGUUCCUAUCCUGCAUCGUGGAUUGCGGGAUCGAACUGCUACAACUAAGCGUUAUGGGGCUUUGAUCACUGGAAACAUUUGUACGAUGAUUAAUGAUCCUCGAGAUUUUAUUCCGUACUUGCCAACCUUGGUGCCGGAUUUGCAAGCCAUUCUGUUGGAUCCUAUUCCUGACGUCAGAAGCAUAUCCGCAAAGGCUUUUGGAUCGCUCACGCGCGGGCUUGGAGAAGACACACUUACAGGCCUACGCCCAUGGCUUCUGGAAAAAUUGCAAGCAGAAGAUGUUAGCCCAGCAGAGCGAAGUGGUGCUGCCCAAGGUCUCACUGAAGUUCUUAUUGCGUCAGGAACAGAGGUCGUUGAAAGUGUCGUGCUGGAUGAUAUCCUUCCUCUGCAAAGUCACCCAUCCGCUUGCACUCGAGAAGGUGUUCUGUGGAUGCUAACUUUCCUUCCUCCUGCGCUUGGACAGAACUUCACUUCGUUGUUGGAUGAUUGCCUACCAACUCUUAUCAGCGGACUUUCUGACGAAAGUGAACAAGUACGAGAGAUUGGAAUGCGCGCUGGUCGUGUAAUGAUUCGAAGUCAUGGUCGAGUGCACUUCAGAAAGAUUCUCCCAAUUCUGUCAAAUGGAAUGACAGAUUUGGACUAUCGAAUCCGUCUUUCUUCAUUGAUGUUGCUUGGAGAUCUCCUUAGUCUGAUUGGAGGAACUACCGUUCUAAGAACUGAUGGUGAUACUCAAGACGACAUUCGAAAGGCCGAGAGAGCUCAAGCUCAGCUUACGCUUACACUUGGUAUUGAGACAAGGAAUAAAGUUCUUGGUGAUGUAUACUUGGCAAGAAACGAUUCCGCGAUCGCUGUUCGCCAAACGGCCAUUCAAGUUUGGAAGACUGUGGUCAGUGUAACCGGCCGAAUCCUUAAGCAAAUCCUGCCAGUCUUGGUCAGCCGGGUUGUUUCAGAUCUUGCAAGUGGUGAUGCUGAGAAAACAGAGACGGCAGGAAAAUGUCUCGGUGACAUUGUCGCCAAACUUGGAGAUUCUGUCCUACCGCAAAUCAUUCCAGUCCUUCGCAACUCUCUAGAUGAAGGGGACACCUUCACUCGUCGAGGAGUGUGCGUUGGUCUUUCGGAGGUUAUCAGAUCGUCUACCAAGGAUCAAAUUCUUCGAUUCCUUGACAUCAUUGUCAAGGCUGUUCAAGAUGCUAUUUGCGAUGACGAUGAAGGAGUUCGAGAAAUGGCAGCUUCAAGCUUCCAGAAUCUGUAUGUUCUAGUUGGCAGUCGAGCGAUGGACGAAGUUGUUCCAUCGUUGAUUGUUGCACUCGAAAGUAAUGACGACGAUGAAGAACGACGAGUCCGGGCAUUGAAUGGUCUCACAGGCAUUCUCAGCAUCAGGAGCAAGGAAAUCUUGCCUUAUAUCAUUCCACGUUUGAUCGAAAAACCAAUCACAUCAAACCAUGCACGUGCAUUGGCUAGUGUCGCGUCUGUGACUGGAGAUACAAUCUACUACCAUUUCAAGACUAUUAUCCCUUCACUUAUCCUCGAUCUGGCAGAUCUCUCAGAUGGAGAUGCUGAUCGCGAGAAUGAGGUCAGGACAUCUGCUCGUGCAUUAUGUGGGAACUCCGUUGAGAGUGGGGUGAACUGGUUGAUUGGUGAAAUCGUUACCAAGUGUUCUAGCGACAAGGCGGCCAUUAGAAGGGAGUGCUGCUGGAUGCUUGGAGUGGUCAUUGAAGAACGCGCUGAUCGCAAGGACUUUUAUGAGCAGAUUCCUAUCAUCCUUCGAGAGCUUGUUGCCCGUUUGAAUGACGAUAAUGCAGAGGUUCUGAAGGUCGUGCAGAAAACCUUCUCUGCCCUUUCGAAACAGGUUGCAGCUGAAGAAUUGGUCAACCAUGUCGAAUUCAUGCGAAACCAAAUCGCCAGUCUUGUCAGUGAUGCCAGAAGACGUAAAGGAGGUGUCGGAGACGGAGAAUUCCUUCUUCCAGGUUUCAAUAUUCCAAAAGGAUUGGAACCACUUCUUCCAAUUUUCCAACGAGGUAUUCUGUACGGUACUCCGUCUGUUCGAGAGGCUUCGGCAGCUGGUUUGGGUGAGGUGAUCUCUCUCACCGCCACAAAGUUCCUGGCCGGUCCAUUGAUCAUCAAAAUGACUGGACCACUGCUACGUAUUGUGGGCGACCGCAAUCCAUCAAAUGUCAAGAUCGCGAUUCUAAAGACUUUGGGAUUGAUUCUGAACAAAGGAGGGCCUGCACUGCGAGCCUUUGUUCCUCAAUUCCAGACCACGUUUGUUAAGGCUCUUGCCGAUCCAUCGCGGCAAGUCCGUAUGGAAGCAAUUGGUGCUCUUGGUUUGUUGAUGCCACUAUCUACCCGUGUCGAUCCAUUGCUCAAGGAACUUGUCGCUGGGUCCUUGGGUAAGAGCAGCAACUCGGAUGCUGUUGGUGUUGUUGCCGUGCAAGCCGCAACCCUCGAAGCAUUGGCCGUUGUUCUUCGUAAGGGAGGAAAGAAAGCCAAACUUCCAGACAGCAUCUCAUCCGCUCUUCAAGCAAGUCAAGAGCUCAUUGAACACACCGAAGAGACUGUCCGCGAUGCUGCUGCCAAGGUUUUUGGAGUGGCUUGCGAAAAUCUCGGCGCAGAAACGACUACGGAGGUGGUUCGCGAUAGUCUACUUGGCGACGCGGAAUCUGGUGAUGUUCGUCAUGGAAAGGUCUGUGCCAUUCGGCGCGUCCUUUCCGAGCCCGUUGGAGCCAAGCUGGAUGGUGGUAUCCAAGGUAAACUCAAGAAUCAGGUGCUAGAAUAUAUGAAGGAUGACAAGGCCACUGUACGAAAUGCCGGUUGCAUUGCCAUUGGAGCGGUUAUUGCCCGUUCUCCCGAUUCAAGUGCUACCUUGGAAGAAAUCAAGCCCGAAUUGCUUGCCAUCAUGGGCAAUUCCAAGGAGAAAUUGGAGACCCACCAAGCCAUUGCUGGUGGUUUGUGUUUGGCCCUCGUCUUGUCGGAAGCCGAAAACAAGAUUGACUUUUUUGGCCUCGAUCUGGUGAAUGCCAGUUUGAAAUUGGCAAUGAGUGGAGCCCAACGAGUCCAAUUCGCCUUUAAUGAUGUCCUUUACCUUGCCUUGAACGUGGCUCAGGGUCAAGAAGGUUUGGAUUACUUUUCUUCCAUCGCCAUGUUUGAAAGCACGAAGCAGAUGAAGAGUGUUUACUCUAAGGUUUUGCUCAAGAUCAAAGAAGUGACUGUCCUUGAUAACUAA